CUUUCACAUUUCACACUCAUCCAGAAACGUCACAAAAUGGGAACCGAAAUUAUUGGGAAAAAAGAAAAUAUAUCUACUACCGACAAUCAAGCAAAAAUUAAAACUAUUCCGAUAUGCUGUACCCCAUUAGUUCCUAGUAAACCAGCUUCGGCAUCACCCAGUUAUGGCGUAACAUCACACGAUAAUCAAAAAAACCAGAAAGAAGACCCAUUACAUACUUUUAGCAGUACCAAUAAAUCAAACAGUUAUGUUGAAGGCAAAUAUAAGAUAACAAUUACUUCUGAUAAACUGCUGCAGCUCAGAAGAACCAUGGAAUUAGCUACCAGAGAUCAUAAGAUUUUCACUAUUAGAGGUGGUUGGCCCAUUAUACGAAGAGAACUUCUCAAAAGAAACUGGCUAGAAAAAAUAGAACCAGCAGUAAAACAAAAGUUCGCAUCCGUGGAUGAUGUCACCAGUAAUCUACCAGCAAAACAAGAUUGGGAAUCGACACAAUCAUAUGAAGAAAAAUGCGAGAAAACGAUUAUUUCCAGAAUGUUGCAAAAUUAUGAUGUCGACUUUUACUGGAGCAUGCGCAAAGACCAGUGUGAUUUACAACAUAGAGCAAAUCCGUUUAAACUGAUGAAUAGAUUUAGUAGGUCUCUGUAUGCUUCCAAAGAGGGAUUGGCUUUGCUACUGCAGCAAUCCUACUGGUACAACGAAAAUGGAGUUGCAAGUGUUAAUUUUCCCAGAACUUAUGUUUUGGGUUUUCCAGAUCAUUAUAAUUUCUUCGUCGACGAUUUUAGAAUGACAGCAUGUAUAGGACUUUUAAAAUGGUUUGCUGAGACUUAUGAGGAUGGUGACAAACACGAUAUUCAAUCAGCAGACGGAAAAGUUCCAUAUGCUACUUUACAAUUUGCUUUAGAAAGAUGUAAUGACUAUUUGUCGAAGAAAAAACAUUUAGAUAUAGAUAAAGAGAUGCCACAGGUCUGGGAUCAUGAAUGGGAUCAAUUUUUAACAAAUUAUUACAAUAUUGUCCACCAAAAUGGAUUUUUUAUUGAUUUUGUUGAAUCUCUCACCAAUGCUUAUGCUAAUGUGAAAUCAACUCUUAAGGAAAUAAAAAUGUACUGGCCACAAUACGAAAUAGACGGAAAGAAAAACAUCUGGAUACUAAAACCAGGAAAUAAAUGUCGUGGCAGGGGGAUAUACCUAGUAAAAAAUAUUAGUGACGUAGAUAAGGUUAUGAAUUUGAAGAUGAAAUACGUAGUACAAAAGUAUAUUGAGAGGCCGCUGAUUAUAUAUAAAACGAAAUUUGAUAUUAGACAAUGGUUUAUAGUCACUUGUGUUCAGCCUCUUACUAUCUGGAUGUACAGGGAUAGCUAUUUGAGGUUUAGUGGUCAAAUGUUCAACCUUGAGAAUUUCCACGAAUCAUUACAUUUAACUAACUACGCUGUGCAGUGUAAGUAUACGAACAUGGAACAAAGAGAUAAAGCCUUGCCCAAUGACAAUAUGUGGGACUGUCAAACUUUUCAAACUUACCUUAAACACAUAGGAUGUGGAGAAAAGUGGACCGACGUGAUAUAUCCAGGAAUGCAGCAAAGUAUAACUUGUGCAAUGUUGGCAAGUCAGGAUACAAUGGAUCGAAGGCAGAACACUUUCGAAAUGUAUGGCGCUGACUUCAUGUUAUCUGAGGAUUUCACACCGUGGUUAAUAGAAAUUAACUGUAGUCCGGACUUAUCUUUUUCAACGAGUGUUACGAGUAAAUUAUGUCCUCGAGCAAUGGAGGACGUCUUAAAAGUAGUGAUAGACAAAAGGAAAGAUCCGAACGCGGAUACAGGUCUAUUUGAAAUGAUUUACAAACAAAACCUUCCCAGAACACCCCCAUAUCUAGGAAUGAACCUGUCAGUAAGAGGAAGAAAAAUAUUUAGAAGUAGAACUAAGAUUAAAGAUAAGGAGAAGAUUGAAAAAGAGAAAGAUUUAAUGAAGCUUAGGAGGCAUGAUUUUGUCAAAACAGAUUUUAUAAGGGAUACCCAAAUACGAAAAAUACUUCCGUUGCCGAAGACAAUCCCAGUCACUAACUACAAGGGACCAAUUAUAGCAGACUUUAUCGAAGAUCUACGAAAAUCUACAAAUCAUCUUGACACCGGGGUAGAUUUUAUACCCGUUUUGAGGCAGGAACCGAACAAAAAGAAGUACGAUUUUGGCAAAAUCGAGACCAGGGUACUACGCAGUUGUUCGACUAAGCAACAAAAAACAACGGCAAAAGCCCGUCCAAGUCGAAGCGUAAAAGAAAGCACUAGAACUACCCUAAGAGCUUGUAGUACAACUAACAGUUGGAGUAAUCUAAAAUUAACAUUAGAAGAUACUGCCUGUCUACUAAAAGGGACCAAACAGUUAUUAAAGGGAAGGACAGUUUUCAAUGAUGUGAAUAAAAAUUCUUAUAAAAGUCUUAAUAUUAAUGUCUUUGACUUAAACGAAAUGCUUAAAAAUUUCGAUAACAAAGUGUAG